AUGAAACUGCUGGCUGCAUUCGGCCUUUUGGCCAUCGCCCUCGCUGCGUCCUCCCGUCAAUGGGAAGAACGGUCGUUCAACAAGGGAAACACCUACGAGUUCGAGUGGAAGGGACAGAUCGUCUCGGGCGUGCCCGUGAAAGGAUCCUCGUCUCAUUCCCUUCAACAAAUCCACUCAAAAGUCUUGAUCACUGUCAACGAGAAACACUCGAUCCUCCGUCUCGACAAUGUCAAGCUUACCAAUGGCCACAAGCAGCUCACCGAGCCACGCAUCAUCUCUGAGGUGUCGCUCGAGGAGUCGCAAUUGACCUCCGAGCAACGCGAGCAAAUCAAGCUUCCAAUCCGCUUCCGUUACCACCAAGGAAUCAUCUCUGAGAUCGUCUUCUCGGAGGAGGAAUCCGCCUGGUCGGAGAACAUCAAGCGCUCCAUUCUCAACAUGCUCCAAGUUCAAAUGAGCCCACGCAAGACCCAAGAGGAGUACAACACGAAGACCGUCUCCAACAACAAGUUCUUCACCGUCACCGAGCGCACCCUCGAGGGUGAGUGCGAGGUCGCCUACACGAUCGUCGAAUCGGAGAAGAACCGCGAGGAGAAAGAGAUCACCAAGUCGCUCAACUUCGAGAAAUGCCCCAAGCGUAUCGAUAUCCGCUAUGGACCCCGUUACUCUGCUGAGUGCUCCAUGUGUGAGGCCACCGAUGCUCGCCCCGAAUCUCAAACUGUCAUCAACUACAAGGUUCGCGGAGAGGAUGAGGAGCGUUUCCUUAUCACCGAGGUCGAGCUCAAGUCCGAGUACGUCUUCACCCCCUUCUCGAAGGAUCAAGAGAUGCUCGCCACCUACAAGGUCAUCUAUGAUCGCCGUCAACCACUCGUUGUCCGCCAAUCCGCCGUUGACGCUCUUCGCAUGCUCCGCGACCAGAUGCCCCGCAAGGAGGAACUCAUGGAGAAGAUUGUCCGCUCUGAUUCGUCGAUCUCUUCAUCCGAGAUGAUCCGCAAGAUCGCCAAGGGAUUCCGUUUCGAGGGAGUUCUCUCUGGAUACGUCUACGAGCACGUCCGCAUCGUCCCAACCACCCUUGGACUCCCACUCCAGGUCACCUCCAAGCUCCCAACCGUCGCCCACAUCAAGGCCCACAUCAAGGCCGAGAUCUCCCCGAAGAUGUCUCUCCGUGUCGAGAUGGAGCCCUCAUUCGUCUCCACCCAUGAGAAGACCAUCCGUAUUCCAUCAUUCGAGAAGACCUCCGUCCACUACGAGCAAUCCUACGGAGAGGAGCACUUCGGUCUCCGCACUGAGGUCAUCGGAUCCGUCCACCGCCACGUCUUCGACAAGAAGUCCCCCGAGUCGAUCCUCUUCGGAGAGAACCACGUCCAGGUUGUCCUUGUCCCCACCGCCGAGUCCGUGAAGGAGAUCGUCCUCGAGGUUGAGCCCAAGUACACCAAGAUGGCCUCAUCCGAGUACGAGUCACCCCGCUACGAUGAGACCUUCACUGAGAAGGAGUUCGUGCUUGCUAAGGAUUGCUCUCAAGAGCCCGAGUACGCUGUGAUGAUGAAGAAAAUGGAGAAGGACUCUGAGGAGAAGAAGAUCAAGAUUGUGACUCAAGAGAAGGAAAUCGAGUGCGAGUUGAAACAAGAGAAGAUCGUUUGCCAGGUUGAUGGACGCCGUGUCGAGGACGAGGAGGCUCUCUACGAUAUGGGAAUCAAGCUUAUCGGAGAAUCAUCAUGCGAGAUCACCAUCCCAAAGAUGACCAUCCGUUUCGAUGGAUACAAGGUCGAGAUCAAGGCUGACAAGCGCACCGAGAACACCCAAUGCGGACUUUGCGGACAUUUCGAUGGACGCCGCGACAACGAGUUCCGCCGUGCCGACAACGAGGAGACUGAGGACAUCGAGGAAUUCCACCGCUCGUGGCUUCGCCGUGACAACGAAUGCGAG